UUUAGUAUUACAAGUCGUUGGUUUCAGUUCACACUGAAUAGAGAAUUCCGAGUUGUUUCUAAUUCUUUUCCUUUACCGAAUUGAAAUUCAUUAUUGAAUCAGCUCCCUCUCGUGGAAAUGAACAAUUUAUAAUUAAAAAUAAACAAUAAUAAAAACAAUUAAUUGUGAUCGUGUGCCAAUGGCGGUAUAUUUCAAAAGCUUUUACUCAUAAUUGCGUUUUAAUGAAAAAUUCCUGAUCAAUCAAAUUUAAAAAAAAAACAUCAGUGACACAAACUUUUGGUUAAAGUCCGAAAAGUGACAGUAUUACAUUCGAAUUUCGAAAAAAUUUUAAGUGUUUAUUAUAAACAGCAGAAUAUUUUGGAAUAAUGAAAAUGCGAAUGAUGCGAUUUUUACGUCCCCGGCCUGUGGAGGCAAUACGUUCCACUCAACUUGACAGGCAAAUAACAAAAGAUCAUAAACUUUUUGAAAGUGCGGUAAAAAUCUUACUUCUUGGAACAGCUGAGUCGGGGAAAACCACAAUUAUCAAACAAAUGCGAAUAUUACACAUUAAUGGCUACACGGAUGAAGAACGUCGUGAAAAGAUUUCCGAAAUCUAUCAAAACAUUCAUGAAUCCAUGCAUCAAUUAGCUAAGCAAAUGACAAUUUUAGGCUUAGAAUUCAGCAGUGCAGUUAGUAAAAAGAGUGCUGAAUUUGUUCUUUCUAUGGGCGAAUGUGCGCCGGAAAUAAUGAAUGAGGAAUAUCGUGAUCAUAUUUUGACACUUUGGAAUGAUAUUGGCAUUCGGGCUUGUUACAACCGAUCCAAUGAAUUCCCCCUGCUUGAUAGUACAAAAUAUUUCUUAGAUAACUUUGACAGAAUAUCAGACUUCAAUUACAUUCCAACAACCGAUGACAUUUUGCAUAGCCGAAAAGUCACCACUGGCAUCCAUCAAAUUUCGUUUAGAGUACAGAUACCGAAAUCAUUGGGCGGUGGUGAACAAGAAUUUCGAAUGUUUGACGUUGGUGGUCAAAGAGAUCAACGUAACAAAUGGAUUCAAGUGUUUGAAGGUAUACAAGCAGUACUAUUUCUAAUCUCAUGUGGUGACUUCGACCAAACUCUCCGAGAGGACCAUAAACAAAAUCGUUUGACAGAAGCAUUAAAUCUUUUCCGUGGUGUUUGGCAGAAUAGAUUUCUCUCAUCUGCUGGCAUAAUUGUAUUUUUGAAUAAAAUUGACAUUAUGGAAAGGAAAAUCCGUGCAGGAAAGCGUAUUGGUGAUUAUUUCCCAGAAUAUGAGGAUUAUAGAAAAUCACCAAAAAUGGGAAAUUAUUUCUAUGAAGUUGAUUGGACAAAGAAUUUUAUCAAACAAAAAUUAGUGGAUAUCACUCAAGAACCAAUCAAACGACCAUCCCGAAUGAACAUAGAUAACCUACCUCGCGAAUGUUACUACCAUUUCACUGUCGCUACAGACACAAAAAAUAUCGAUAAAGUUUUUAAAGAUGUUCAUAAAAUGAUUUUGACAGAAAACCUGUCAGCUGUUGGCCUGUUAUGAGAAUUCACCACGCCUUUGUCAGUUAAUCAAAUUUGACACAUGAUAUUUUACCUGCAUUUUUAAUCUUUUUUUGUUUGUUGUCAAAAAAGAAAAAAAAAAAGAUUGAAAUCUCCUUUGACUGUGAUUAUCCUUGUACGUUAAUGAUUUAAGCAAAAUUAAUUAAGCUCAUAUGAUAUAAUACUUUAUAUAUCAAAAAUUAAACUAUGGAUGAAAUUCAUCU